AUGGGCGUGGGCGCGAUGGGCGCGGUCGGACGAGGGGUCGGGCGGGCGACGGCGACGGGCGGGACGACGACGGGACGGGAACGGCGACGGGCGGGACGGGACGGGCGCGCGGCGGUCGCGCGCGCGAUCAAGCGCGUGUUCAUCGACGGUGAGGCGGGGACGACGGGAUUGCAGGUGCGUGAACGCCUGGCGGGACGCGCGGACGUGGAGCUGAUUCAGUUGGAGGAAGGGGCGCGAAAAGACGCGACGGCGCGGAGAGAGGCGCUGAACGCGUGCGACGCGGCGAUCCUGUGCCUACCGGACGCGGCGGCGAUCGAGGCGGUGGCGCUGGUGGAGAAUGAGAAUACGGUUGUGAUCGAUGCGUCGACGGCGUUUCGGGUGGCGGAUGGGUGGACGUACGGUUUCGCCGAACUCGCGCCGGGGCAUCGGGACGCGGUGCGAACGUCCAAGAGAAUCUCCAACCCGGGAUGCUAUCCGACGGGAUUCAUCGCGCUGACGCGCCCGCUCGUCGAUGUGGGUAUUUUAAAGCCGGGUAGCGCGCUCACCGUGAACGCGGUGAGCGGUUACACGGGUGGAGGAAAGGCGUUGAUCAAGGUGUACGAGGAGGAGGAGCACGAACCGUGGGGCGCCUACGGCUUCAAUCUGGAUCACAAGCACUUGCCGGAGAUGGCCAAGUGGAGCAUGCUCGGUCGUGAGCCAAUUUUUAUGCCCGCAGUCGGAUCUUUCGCGCAAGGUAUGGUGGUGAGCGUGCCUUUACACUAUGAUCAACUCGCCGCCGACGGGCAAAGCGCCGAGCGCUUGCACGAGUGUUUGCGAGAGCGCUACGAUGGAAGCGCGUUCGUUUCUGUCAGAGACUUGAACAGGAUGGACGAUCUCGAACGUGGUGCGUUCAUGAGACCAGAUUCCCUCGCGAACACGAAUAAGCUCGAGCUCAGCGUCUACGCGAAUGACAAGAAAAGGACCGCCGUUCUCGUAGCGCGUCUGGAUAAUUUAGGCAAAGGUGCUUCGGGCGCCGCGGUUCAGAACAUGAAUCUCGCUCUCGGCCUGGAAGAAAUGAGUGGGUUAUGA